CCCGCCCACGUGCCGGGAGCGGAGCUGGCGAUUGGCGCGGUCCGGGCCCCGGGCCCGGUGUGCCCCCGGCAGGCGCGGGACGGCAGGGCCGGGCAUGGAGGAAGGGAAAGCUCACUCGGCGCCGUCGGCGGAGAAGAAAGGAGCGGACGACAAGGAGGAUGAUUUCGGCUACCGGCUUUUCCCGGACCGGAAUAAGAAGCCGCAGAGCUUCCUGGUCCGCAGCCUCUUCACCUUCCACAACAAGUGCCAGCUGAUGCUGAGGCUGACCCUGGAAACGAAUCCAUAUGCUCGACUUCUCCUUGAGGCUCUGAAGCAAUCUGGUUGCACUGUCUUCAAUGACCGACACUUUUCUUGUGAAAACUGUGAUGGCUGUGUCAGUGGAGGUUUUGAUGCUGCCACAUCUCAGAUUGUUCUCUGUCAGAACAACAUUCGCCAACAAUCCCAUAUGAACCGGGUGGUCACACAUGAAUUAAUUCAUGCAUUUGAUCAUUGCCGUGCACAUGUUGACUGGUUUAAAAAUGUCAAACACUUAGCAUGUUCAGAGAUUCGAGCUGCUAAUCUCAGUGGAGACUGUACAUUGAUGAAUGAAAUAGCCAGGUUUAAAUUUGGAUUGAAAGGGCACCAUCAGACUUGUGUACGAGACAGAGCAAUUCGUUCCAUUCUGGCUGUUCGAAAAGUUAGCAAAGAAACAGCAGAAAAAGCUGUGGAUGAAGUUUUUGAUGCCUGCUUCAAUGAUCUGGAACCUUUUGGAAGAAUCCCACACAGCAAAGCAGAUGCAAAACGUGCUUACAGAGACUUUCAGAACAGAGAUCGCUAUAAUGCUAAUUUGUAAGGGGGGAGGGGAGGGGGAACCACAUGAGAAAUUCCAUUAAUACCCAACUGUUCUGUAACAUCUGGAAUCAUAGUCUAUGCCCACAGUGCUGGUGGAAAGGGCAAAUCUGUCAAAUGUAUCAGUUAAUUUUUUAGACUUAUUUCAUGAGCCAACUUCCGUGGGAGUAAAUGGGGUAAAUGAACCAGACUAAAAACUGUGUUUCCUCACCUGUUAUUCUGGAAAGAUAAUUUAGUAUGCCAAAUAACUUGUCAAAUAAUGAUCUGCAUCUUUCAAUGUGCAUUUAAUUUUGAUUGGUCUGACUGACUAGGACUUGGUUUCUGAAAGUUUUGUUGUCAGUGAAUAAAUCUUUUCAUAAAAUCUUUACAUUUUCACUAUCUUUGAUACACAGCCAUGAACUUGAUGAUCUUCAUCACUGUAUUUUAAAAGAUGGGCACCUGAACUACAGGUCCAUGGUCUAGAUUUAAUAACUAUGGCUAAACCCAAAAUUUAGUAAUUGCCACAUUUGUUUUUGAGCUCCUCCUGAAAUUAUUGGGUGGUCUAACAUUUGUUAGUGGUGGGAAAGCUUUUGUGACUUGACUCCUUUAAUGCCCUGAAUUGCUGCUCAUGUUCUGAUUGUCUCUGGUAGUGGAGGACUGGGUAUGAUGAUCAGUGUUGCCUUCUCCUUCUCUGUGUCCCAAUAUAUUUUGUGACAACAGGACUGUCAGUGUAUGUAACUUCUUCAGGCAAUACAAUACUGAGAUUUGGCUGUGGUGAGACUUGAGCAGGAGUGAGGCACUGAACUGCUCAGGUUGGAAAUGUCAGCAUAUGUACAAAUUUGAGUGCCUGACAUGCCACAGCUGAAAGGGGGAGGUACUCCCAAGUACCUCCAGAAUUUGGCGGCCUUUAAUAGGGCCCUUGUUUGACUGUGCAGCUUUGGGCUCCUGCAAUCCACCUGUUUAUUUCACAUGCCUACAAUGCUUUGGAUCUGACCAUCAUUCUGUAAUUUGCUCCUGGGAAGUAUUCAGUCAUGUGAUAAGUCUCUAGCCCAGUGGUCCUGCUCCUAAGGUGUCACUCAGGAACAAGAUGCCUGAAGAUGACAACAGUGUGUUGCCUUUUCCUGAUCAGCAGCAAACACCUUUUGAAGAUUCAAACCUAAACACAUUCCUCAAAAAGGACAAAGCAGCACAUACAAGAAGUGCCUGAGAGAGCUGAUCAAGCUUGAAGUGCCUGAGUUCUGUUUGUGUUGGACUAUGCAUGGGUUGCAUUUAUUUGCAGGUGUAGCAUAAUUCAUACCUACAAGACACUAUUACUUCUGGGGCUAAGCAUUAAUGUAGAUCCCUCAGAAAGUCAUCCCAGUUGUACUGGAGGAAGUUGGGUCUUGACUAAGAUUCCUCAAAACUGUACUUUCAGUAGUUUUACAGAAUUUUGAAUGGAGAUUUCAUAGUCUUAUUUUCCUGGGUAAUUCAUCAGUGACUGAAAAAAUCUCAUGGCUGAAUAUCUCAACAGAAAAAAAUGGGUGUAAUAACCUAGAUACCUACGGAGAAAAUUACAUAUUGAAUUCUAAGCUUCCCAUAUUCCAUGUAGUCUGUGUAGACCUGCAGUUUCCAAAAUCCCCUGAGGAUCAGAGACACCUUGAAAACAGGAUAAUAGUGUGUGUUAAUAUUCCCUUAACCUUUACUGCUCUUCAAGUCACCGUUUUAGUCAGUAUGAUGUAUGAUGCUGGGUUUUUUAUACUUCUGAAACAUAUUCUGGCAGAUAAUCCAUUAUACCUCAUUAAACAAAGUUCUGCUUUAA